AUGUCACCUGAGGAUACACAAAAGACAUCAGGAAGCUCUGAUGUGAUUGUUUGGAAGGAUCGAGCCGAAACUACCGGAACCUCUCAAUACAAUCAUGAGUCAUUCACAUCAGAAGUCGGCCUGGAUAUUUCGCUUUUUCCAACUCCCAUUACCAUCCCACCUUCUCUAGUGCCGCUCGUAGAUGAGAUCACCGGCCGGGGGAGAACAAUAUCAUUAUUCACCCCAGACCCUUGUCUUCCACAUCCGAGCCAGUCGUCUCAAAACUCACAGACGCUCUACACGGAGACUACCAUCAGUACUUCGUUACUACCAUCACAGAGGUCUCGGAUCAGACCUGUUUAUACGACCAAUACUCUCAAGGAGCGUGCAGAGUAUGAGGCUAGUCGAAUCAAACAUCAGGUCAAGACUCUCGCACAAUCAGGACAAACAUGCUUCAUCCACCGCUCUCAAACAAGCAACUCCACUGCACUACUCGAUGCUUUCGCUGCUUGCUCCCUGUACGCAACACGGAACUCAGCCAAUUCAUCUCUUGUUGUGUCAGAGAUUUCGCGGCGAGUGGAGCUACUGAUACAAGCUACAGACACAGCAAUCGCUUUAUAUCCGUUGAGCCCUCAAUCAACUAUGAAUCUUGACGUUCUACCCUCCGUCCAGGCCAUGCUGAUGUAUCAGUGCAUGCGACUAUUCUCGGGUGACAGCUCACAGCAGGAACAAGCUGAGCAGGACGCCAAGUCGCUGAACAAAUGGAUUGAUAUCUUGCAACCACACAAGCCGGAAUCUCCCUCGAGCAGUUCAAAGACUGAUCACUCCUGGCUAACCUGGGUCCGAGCAGAGAGCGUCCAACGGACAAUGAUCUUUGCAGACCUUGUCGAGAGUAUUUACACGUUUCUCAGAUUCGGCUGGUAUCAGCCGAGUCUAAGGCUGGGCGAGCUAAGCUUCAUAGGCAACGCGAGCAUAUGGAACGCAAAGUCACUGACAGAGUGGCGACAAGCCGGAGAGCAACAGACCUGCCUCAUAUUGGAGAUGUCGAGGUUUCAGGACAAUGUUAAGGGGGUUUCUUUGGACGACCUUGAUGAAUUGGGGAUUAUGAUAUUGGUUAUUUAUGAGGGCUUUGAGGUGCUGAGGGGGUGGGCGGGUGAUGAUAAGAAGAUGCUCAAGAAAUGGGGCUUGAGCUCUGGAGGUAAUAAUCCUUUUGAAUAG